GGCAGCUGCCCGGCCCGCCGGCUUCUUUUUUAGGGAGGGGAAAGCCCCGCAGCUGCGAGAGGCAGUGAGGAGGUGUUUGUUCGAGGGAGCUGCUCCGGAGCGAUUCCCCCCCGCGUGUGAACGCCUCCCCCAUCCUUCCUUCCUUCCUUCCCUCCCUCCCCGGGCGCGGGCUGCCGGCGGGCCCCACCAUGCACACGACGCAGAAGGACACCACCUACACCAAGAUCUUCGUGGGCGGGCUGCCCUACCACACCACGGACGCCAGCCUGCGCAAGUACUUCGAGGUCUUCGGCGAGAUCGAGGAAGCCGUGGUCAUCACGGACCGGCAGACGGGCAAGUCCCGCGGAUACGGAUUUGUCACCAUGGCUGACAGAGCUGCUGCUGAGAGGGCUUGCAAAGAUCCGAAUCCUAUCAUCGAUGGCAGGAAGGCCAAUGUGAACCUGGCAUACCUGGGAGCCAAGCCGAGGAUAAUGCAACCAGGUUUUGCCUUUGGUGUUCAGCAACUUCAUCCAGCUCUCAUACAGAGACCUUUUGGGGAUCGUUUACAGUUAAGAUAACUGAUCAGAAGGAUAUGAUGAUAAGAGGUGGAAUAGUUCUGUUUGGAAUUAAACUCUGUAACCAGUAGACUCAAACCCAAACAAGCUAAAAUGGUGAUUAACGAUGCAUGUAUGUUUUUUAUUUUUUGUUUUAUUUUUGUUUUGUUUUUUAAUAGUCGAUAGACCUCCGUGUGCUUUUAUUUUUUAUUUAUUUAUUUAUUACAGUAAUGAAGUGGUGUUGAUAGCUAAACUGUGUGCUUUUAUUUAAUUGAAAGAGCUGUAGUGGAAGUUUUUGGGGGUCUCUUUAAUUUUGUUUUUGUUGUUGAGGAGUGUUGACUUUGACUUUGCCAUGGGGAGCAAAGGGAUUUUUUUUUCUUGCUUUCAAGCUGUAGCCUGUGACUUCUUUUUUUUUUUUUUACUCAUAUUUUGUAGUGAGUGCUAAAUUGUGUGAUUUCUUGAUAUUAUUAUUAUUAUUAUUAUUAUUAUUAUUAUUAUUAUUAUAUAUUUUUUUUUUAAGAAAAUCAGCGUAUUGCUUGCAUGUUCACUUUUCUUGGUUUUGUUUCUUGGGAGGGUUUUGGAAGGGUGUGGAGCUCUCUUAUUAACAAUGUGUGUCCACUUGGGCUUUUUAAUUUGAGACUUGAAUUUCUACAUCUGACAAUAUUUAGUGCAUUUCUUAAAAAGAAAAUUCCCCUAUUCCUAAGGAGUUCUAACUCUUAGUUUUUUUUAAAACAUAAAAUCAGGAGGUAAAGUCCACCUGAAUUUUCCAUAGACUACCACUUCACUACUUCGUGCUGACUGGGAGAUUUGUUGCAAAAUAAUGAAUUUUGCUAAUUUAAUGAGUAGGCUAACAAUAACAUAAAGAGAAAGCAUCACAAAAUGUACUUUGUUAAUUUUUUGACGUCUAGUUUUAAGAUACUGUAGCAUGGUAUGGUGAAAUGGCAGUAGCUACUCCAUAGUAGCCACUCUAUCACCUGUCCUCAAAACUUAUUCAAAAGGAAGAAGAAGGUCUUCUAGAAAGGUCAUGUAGAGCACCUUCUAUCAUAGUGGAUUGUGUGUUAGUACUUUUUUUUUUUUCCUAAGGAGUUUGAUGUAUACCAGAAAACUAGUUUUGGAAAUGUACAUUCAAUUCAUUGAUUUAUAAAACUACUCUUUCCCCCUCCCCCCCCCUUUUUCAUAAUUUCUAUUGUUGGCCUUGUUGCAAGGCAGUAUCUAUUAGUGUUCUGAAGAGCCAGCGAGAAAUUAUGAAGCAUAGCUGAUGGGUUUAUGAUGCACAAUAAUGUAGGCAGGGAAGGGCUACCUAGAACCAUUAAAAUGUAGUUACAAAGAGAUGCCAGGGGAAUGCUGAGGGUGCAGUGGGAAACCAGAAAGUACUUGCCUAGCACAGAAGAAAAGCAGGCACUAUAUGCUACUUGAAGAACCUUUGUAAAUUAAGGAUACUUUCUGUCUCUCUUCACUCCUCCCUAGCCUUUGUCCCAAGACGAGCAACAUUUUAAAAUAUAGGUUAUUGGUUUGGGGAUAUUUCUUCAAGUUGUGGUUCCAAUGUAGUGUAGUAUUAGCCUUAAGAAGAGAGAUUUUGCACACAAAGGUGUGCAUGUUUGUCAGAAUAUGGUGGUAGUGUGGUGGGUUUUUUUUAAUCUAUGUUCAUACCAGCUUUUCUAAUACACAUAGUAAAAUGAAAUUAUUAAUCCCAUUUCCUAUUGAAACCAUCCACUUCCAAUAAUUUCCCAUUAAACUGCUGUUUUGAUCUCUGUAUAUAUGAAUGCAGGAAACUAAGGUUGAGGAGAGAAGUAUAAAUACAGUAAGGUGAUAGCGAAUGAUGAUAGCAUGAGGUGGUGGUGAAAUGGCUGAGUUGUUUGACUGAUCAUCUACAGACAUUUAAAUGUUUGGCUAUUUUUAACUGGGUAAACUUUUUCUGUAAAGAGUAAUGUUUUGAAUGUUAACUGGACAACACUGAAAGACAGUUUAAGCUCUUUUUCUAUGAAUUCUGAACCAGUGUAUUUUAGUAUGCUAUGUAAAAGUAAGUAAUGUGGACAUUCACUGCAGUGCUGUGAAUGAAAUGGAAAAGAAUGCUAAUCAACACACUAAAAAUGUGUGAAUUGGUGAAAAUCCGGUGUGGUUAGAAAUGCUCUGUCAUGGUUCUAGCUUUCAGCAAAGACACUGAAAAUAAAUGGAUUACAGUACCUCAGUCUUAAUGGGAAGGUGUACUUUAAUUCUGUGCAUUUUACUUACUAUAGAUGAGACCAACAAGCUAGACUAAUUUCAGUUCCUGAACCACAUAACUGAGUUUUACUUUUCCCAUUCUGAUGUUGACAUUAACUCACUCACCAAGUAAUACUUUCUGGUUUCUACUUUACUCUGAGUGGGAGGUUGAAAAUGGAGUCUGAUCGGGGUUGGUGACCGAUCCCACUAUGAUCUGUGAAAAUUUAGUUUAUAUUAUUAGAAUGCCAAUUGCUGCUGAUUGGGCUUUUUUCUAAGACUUUUCUUUCCCCUAGGACUGGUCAUUUUUCUUUUUUGCAUAUGCAAUAUUCAUGCCACACUGGUGAAAAAUUUAAAGGCAUGUAGGGAAAGAUAGAAGUAAGAUAUGUUUGUAGCUAUUUACCAGAGAUCUGUUCCCCAUUUGUCCAAAUCCUGAUUCCAAAGUAACGGGAAAACUCCUGCUCCUUCAAUGGAGCAGAAAGAUGACAAACCAGCUACCAACGGGUUAGCUGAUAUUACCAAUUUGACAAAUAAUCGGUCUGGGCUGCAUAAUUAUAAACGCUGGAGGGAAAAGUCCUGUCCUGACUUUGAUUAGAAGACUUGUAUAAUAUUUAAAUUGCUGAAGCAGUUAAAGAAAAGGGAACACGGAGAAUGUCCACUGCCUUCUGAACUGUUAGACACAAACUUCAAAGCAAGCAUGUUUUGGCAUUGCAGGAUUUUUUGUAUGUGUAACCCUACUUAUGGUAUAAGAAGGCUGUUUACUAUUUAAUCUUGAAUAAAAUCCUAGUUAAUGAUGAUUUUAAAAACAUGAUGCAGUGCAAGAUACAGAGAGAAUACAUUUUCUUCACAGUCUAAUAAUGAUUCUGUUGUAGCAGUCAUAUUAACAUAGUAAUUCAUUAUUAAUACAUAGAACAAUAUAACUGUAAGAUAUAGAAAGACAAGCCUAUGUUAUCUUUGUUCCAUUUCAGUUGUCUGAAUAACACAUAAAACAACGUGGCUAGCAGUUUACUGUUGCUCAUCUAGUUACCAUGGCAGUCAGUUUUACCAAGCUGCUAACUUUGUUUUAAAAAAGAAUAAAAAAAUGCCUUCUCCUUGCAGUUUAGAAUAAGGAAAGUCCGGAGCAAGACCACUUGUCACAUCAAGUUGUACGCUCCAAAAUUACGCUUGGUGCCAAACUAAACAUUGCCUUUUUUCCAUCAGUGAACUUGUAUAUUCCACAAUGGAAAAACAAUAAAUGAAAAGCAGUGAAGCUAGUCGAGACUAUGUACAUUUCAAAUAUUUCCCUGCCCACAGAAAUCCGGUCAUCUUGGGUAUAAAAACCCUGAUGACUAAAGGUGCCCCAGCAUAAUGGGAAACUGCUCUUUAACCUUUUGGCCUCACAGAGUAUGAAAGGGGUUAAUGUUUCAAUAUCGUUGAGAUCUAUGCAUGCUUGCCUUUGUGUUAGAUAGAAGUUUACUUUGGCCUUAUAAAGUCAUUUUACUCUGCUUGAAAACCUUGUCGCAUGACAGACAAUCAAAAAUAGCCCUGCUGCAGCUUAUGCUGUCAAUCACCAUGUGUGAAAUGGCAUGAUGGUGAGGAUCUUCCAUGGGGUUCACGUAUAAUGUGGACUAAGAAGUUGUAAAGAGAUAAGGUUUCAUAAUUCACCACCUGUUAGCUAAGUUUCUUGGUUGAAAGAGAACAAGUCACAAGGUUUUAAGUGGAAGCACAUGCAUCUUUAUGUCUAGUAUUUAACAAGGAUUUAAAGUAUACAAACAAAAGUCCCAAUAACCCAGGGAAUCCUUUGUAAUGCCAUCUUCUAUUGGUGAGAGAAAUCUCAAAGUUUAGUCUAUCUUUCUGUCUUUCCUGUUGAAGUAACUUUUAAACCAUGAUAGUUGUAUGUAAAACUGACUCUUACAUGGAUACUAAGUUGACUGUCACUAUCAAAAGUUUUUUAGGAGAAGCCUUGAGGGAAGACUUUAAAGUAGUAAAGCAGGCAAGUUGUCAUGUCAUGUAACUUAGAAUAAGACAUGAAUUCAAUCUUUCUUUUCCUAUUUAAGACCAAUUCCAACACUAUAAAAGAAGUAUAUUCACACUCAUGUCAGUAUCUAAUACAAGAUAUUUGUGCACAGUGUUUAUUCUGUUUGAGUGGAGGGCUAAGAUAAUACUCUAAUUACUGAUGCAUCAGCUUUAAGGUAUGCAGCAAGUGUAUACUUCCCCCCCCCC